AUGUGGGUGUGGGUAUUACAAAUAGAUCCACACCCAAAUAAUUAUGUAACAUCAUCAGCUGUUGGAAAUAUUUUUCAACAACACACAAUUACAUGGAAAUCAUUAGAGACAUUUAUAAUAACAAAUUUUCAUUUAAAUGCAAGUACAACAAUUGGUAAUCAUCAAACUCAUGAUAUUAACCCGAUCGAUACAAAUCAAUAUAAGAAUAAAGCCCAUUCAGCUCAACCAAAGACACUUCUUAUUUUGGAUAUUGAACCAGGAAAUCGAUAUGAAUUAGUUUGCAUCACUGAAGCUGGACUCAUCCGAUAUCGUAUGGGAGAUGUGAUCACUUGUACAGGACUUUUUUGUCGAUCCGAUGAUUUGGUCCCAUUACCCAUCGAUCACGAAGAAGUUCCUCGGAUUCCACUUUUUUCAAUAGCAUAUCGCAUUGGAAGUUUAUUGGAUGCAUUUGGAGAAAAAACAAGUGAACAGCAUCUCAUGGAUGCUCUUCAACGAACAUCUCAACAAUGGAAAGAACAAAGAAUUCGUCUAGAUAUCUAUGAUUUUACCAGUUAUCCGAAAUUAGAUGUAUUUCCUUCACCUUAUGUCCUGUUUUUAGAAUUAAUUGAAGAACAAAAUUCUAAGCGAGAAUAUAAAACUAGUGAGAAAAAUCUUCAACUUCUUCAAACCAUGGUCGAUUCGGAAAUCGAACAACAACUUUGUCAAACAAAUUUCAAUUACAACAAUGUUCAAAAAGGUAGCAAAUUAGGUCCACUAGUCUGUAUUUUUGUUCAAAAUGAAACCUUUUCAACUUUCCUAACAGAUGUAUUGGUCACCGAUCGGUUUAGUCCGACAUAA